GCAGUCAGCAUAGGUGUUUGUUCUCAUAACUAUCUCCGUUUUCGGUCUAAAAUGCCCAGAAAAAGUUUAACAGCAAAAGAGGCUUUACUGCUUUUAUUCGACCGACCUAGAGAACCUAUAGACCUACCAAAGGGCCCGGACGGCGUCAUAUUCAAGGUUCCUAAAGAGUAUUUGAGAGAGGAAUACCAACAUAUUAAAAGAGAACCCGAAAAAACAGUUACGACCAGAAGUGAAUUUGUUGGUGAGGUUAGCGAUAUAAGUGUACCGUUGAUCACUUUGCCUUCAUUAGGUGAAAUCACCGAUUUAAGGAGGGAUGAAAAUUUCUCGUUAUUUAUUCCAAAACAUAGAAGGCUUGCUGGAUUACUUAUUCAAUUAUUUAUAGGAAUGAAAAAUACUAACGACCUACUUUCUAUGGCUACAUACGCUAGAGAAUAUGUAAAUCCUGUGCUUUUCACCUAUGCACUUUCUGUAGCUUUAUUACAUCGAUCUGAUACCAAAGAUUUAGAUUUACCGUCAGCAUUAUUUUCGUUCCCUGACAUGUACGUGGAUCACAAAACUUUUUCUGUAGUGAGAGAAGUUGCUUCGGCUGUUACAGAAAAGGAGAGGACUCCGAUUAUAAUACCUAAGGACUAUACGGCUUCCCACUUGGAAGAAGAACAGCGUUUAGCAUACUUCAGAGAAGAUAUCGGAGUAAAUCUGCAUCACUGGCACUGGCAUUUAGUCUAUCCAUUCGAGGGACCAAUGGAAGUUGUUAAUAAGGAUCGCAGGGGAGAAUUGUUUUAUUACAUGCAUCAACAGAUUAUAGCGAGAUAUAAUUUUGAACGUCUCUGCAACGGACUAAAAAGAGUGGAAAAAACUUACAAUUUCAUUGAUGUUAUUCCCGAAGCUUAUUAUCCGAAACUAGACAGCAUGGUCGCAAGCCGAAGUUAUCCCGCUAGAGUUCCGAACAUGCGUUGGCAAAACUUACGACGAGAAGCUGACGGAAUUCGAGUCGAUGUAGAAGAUAUGGUACGUUGGAGGGAAAGGAUAUUUGAUGCCAUUGAUAUUGGAUAUGCCAAAAGUGAAAAUCGGGAAUUGGUGGAGUUAACCGAAAACGAAGGAAUCGAUAUUUUGGGUAACAUGGUAGAAUCCAGUAUUCUGUCUCCCAAUCGAGAUUAUUAUGGUGAUUUGCAUAAUAUGGGUCAUAUUUUACUGGGCUUCAUUCAUGAUCCUGAUAAUAGAUAUCUGGAAAUGUUUGCUGUCAUGGGCGAUGUCGCAACUGCUGUGCGAGAUCCAAUUUUCUAUCGGUGGCAUGCUGCUCUCGAUGAUAUAUUCCAAAAUCAUAAGGACAGGUUGCCUCGUUACACCGUUGAUAAAUUAAAUUUUGACAACAUAACCAUCCAAGAUGUUCAAGUCCAAACUGCAGAAGGCCCUGCUAACAAACUCCAAACAUAUUGGCAACAGUUCGACGUUGAUCUCUCAAAAGGUCUGGACAUCAAAACGCACGGACCUAUUUUCGUUAGGUUGACAUAUUUAAACCACGUACCUUUUACCUACAAAAUAACUGUCAAUAAUAACUCCAACGGUCCCACUGUUGGAACUUGUAGAAUCUUCAUGGCACCCAAAUUCGACGAAAAGGGAAAAACAUGGCUCUUCAGAAAUCAAAAGAAUUUGUUUAUCGAGUUGGACAAAUUUAAAGUUAACCUGGAUCCUGGAACUAACACUAUCACCAGAAAAUCAUCUGAAUCUUCAGUUACUAUUCCGUUUGAUAGAACUUACCGAAAUUUGGAUAAAAAUCCAAGUGAAGGAGGUGAUCAUGAAGGUUUUUGUCGAUGUGGUUGGCCAGAAAAUAUGUUGAUACCAAAAGGAUGUGAUAAUUUCGAAGCAGAACUAUUUGUUAUGAUUUCUGAUUAUGCUGGUGAUAGAAUUGACCAGGACGUUGGAGGGCAUCCCGGCGAUGCAGGAAGCUAUUGUGGUCUUAAAAAUAAACUGUAUCCCGAUCGUAGAUCAAUGGGAUAUCCGUUUGAUAGACAACCUAGAGAUGGUGUCAACACUCUUCAAGAUUUCCUAACACCAAAUAUGAGAGUCAGGGAUGUAAUUAUUAAAUUUAAUGAUCGAACCCUUGCACCCGGAGAAAGUUUUUAAUGAUUCAUCAAUAUAUAUUGAGAAUGUGUCCAAUGUUUUUUAAAUAUACUUUUAAUUGCUUUUGGUAAUAAAUUUAAAUAUGGGUUGU